GGCAUGGCCACUAUGUCCACCGAUCUUCGCGAACUUCGCGCCGAGGAGGUGGAACAUUUUCGGUUUAUAAAUGAAAAAUCUGUGGACGAUAUAUCUCUUGAUGUGUUUUAUAAACCACACACUAUAACUUUGUUGACUGUUUCUGUGCUGGGAUUACUCUAUGCCGCGUUCACACGAGAUGACAAUGUACAAAGUGACAAUAUAUGGACGGGGCUUUGUGCUGUUUUGUUCUUUUUCCUGGUCAUCAGCGUUCUCGCUUUCCCCAAUGGUCCGUUCACACGUCCUCACCCUGCUAUCUGGAGGAUGGUGUUUGGGAUGAGUGUAUUCUACUUUAUCUUCCUUGUGUUUGUGCUGUUUCAAACACGGAAAGACUUCCGAAGGAUAUUGGAAUGGUUGUAUCCAGAGCUUGAAGGCAUCACGAUCGAGGAAAAGGAAUAUGCUGCAAACUGCUCAGAGAUAGACCUGCCGCGCAUUGUUUCACAUCUGGACUGUUUUGCCACAGCACAUUUCCUGGGCUGGAUAACGAAAGCGGUGCUGAUUCGUCACUAUGGUAUCCUCUGGACCAUUAGUAUCCAGUGGGAGAUCACAGAGAUGGCAUUUUGUCACUUGCUUCCAAACUUUGCGGAGUGUUGGUGGGACGCAUGGAUACUGGAUGUACUUGUGUGUAAUGGUUUGGGUAUCUGGAUUGGCAUGUACUUGUGUAAAAAACUGGAGAUGAGAAAUUACCACUGGGAAAGUAUCAAAGAUAUCCACACCACAACUGGAAAAUUGAGAAGGAUAGUACUUCAAUUUACACCUGUCAGCUGGUCGGAUGUAAAAUGGUUGGAUCCAUUAUCUUCCUAUCGACGUGUGGCUGAAGUGUGUCUCCUCAUCAUUGUGUGGCAGUUGUCGGAGCUGAACACUUUCUUUCUGAAGCAUGUUAUGGAGGUUCCUCAGAAUCACAACCUAAAUGUAUGGAGAUUGUUUCUCAUCUGUAUGGUAUCUGCACCAACUAUACGACAGUACUACGUGUAUGUAACAGACCGCCAGUGUAAACGACUAGGAACACAAUGUUGGAUGUUUUGUGCUAUCACACUGACAGAAGCCAUCAUCUGUUUGAAAUUCGGAACAGAUUUAUUCAAGCAAACAGAUGUAGUGUAUGUGAUGUACUGGUUUUUAGUACAGCUUAUAGGCAGUAUCAUUUGUGUUUACCUGUGUGCUGUGUAUGCAAAGAACUUGAGGUGGACAUCCCUAGAGGAUGGAUUCUUUGUCACAGAUUCGGAGGCCACACAGGACUCCUCAACACCAAAGAAAGUUCCGAAAAUCAGCAAUGGCAAUGCUGCUAAUGGAUACAACCUCAGAAAGAGACAGCAGCCAGCCAAUGGAAAUGCAGGAUAAAUCAUAGUUGUCAUGUGACAAAUUUCAGCCAAUAGUCAAGCUGGAAUUUGAUCAUGUGACAUUUAUUGCUAUGGAUAAAAAGUUUAUUAGGUUGACAAAUCUGUUACUUAAAAUUUUAGAUGCUACAGACUCCAUCAAAUAUUCUAGAAUGUUUACUGGGUAACCACCAUUCAUCAUGUCAAAGGACAAUGCUACGGCCAUGUUGCUUUUUGUUAUACAUAUACAUGGCUUGUAUUCACUUUUUAUAUAUCCGUCGGAAUUCACCAGUAAUCAGAUUAAAAUUGGACCACAUCAUAUAAUUAUGUCAUAAUGUCAGGAAAAAAAGAAUAAGAUCACCCAUUGUUUAGUUUUACAUGUAGUAAUUAAUUAACAAGUUGAAUUGUAUCUCUUAUGUUGCUGUUUGUUGAUGAUAUUAAUGUGUUAAUAUAUUUACACUAUUAUAUUAAGAUAUUUGAAGAUUAUGAUUGCAAAACAGAUGCAUAUCUUUCUCAUUGAAUAUAUAGGUCUCGUUAGUAAAAAUGAUGGGAUCACCCAGUAUAGCUAGGUCAUGGAUCCAAUUAAACUAAUCUGGAUCCGGAGUUAAUUGGCUGUGUAUAUACUUAAUGGAUUCAUCAGAAGAGAAGUAAUAACGACAGGACAGACAACGUUUAUUUCUAUGUCUACAUUUUCACUAUGACUUCUCUACAUACUGUGUAUAUUACCUACCAAUUUUGAUUCGGUGAUUGUUCCCAUGGGGAAAUUAAAAUGUCAGUAAAUUUGUCGGGACAAUGCAUUAUAUACAUGUACAUGCACAAAGAACCUUUAGUUUGAAGUAUACUAUGUAGAUUUACAUUGUUCUGAUUGGUCAUUACAGUGACCCCCACUGGUCAUUACUGGUAUUAUAUACAUAGUAUAGUAUAAGUUUAAGUUUUUAGAAUGUGUUCUGGAUUAUAUACAGUACAUGAUCUGUUUUAUCCACCUUGUCCCUUUUAAGAAUACUCAAGAAAUUAAUAUCAUGCUUGUACUUUUUUCUAUUUUGGAUAUUAAAUUCAUUAAACAUCAAUGUGGAGGUGUGAUAAACAUAAAGGUUUUACUAUUUGUAGUUAAAUGACUUAUUUUAUCAAAUAACUGGCCUGUUUUACCAUUUGAUAUGGCCAUGUCAAAUAUUGUCAUACAAAUCUGUAAUAGCACUGUUGUGAUGCAAGAAAUAAAUGAAGUCAGAUGAUAAUAACAUGAUAAUCAUAUGUUUCCGUGGUUGAAAAUUUUAAAAAUACCAUUCAAGUUAAAAAUUAGUUGGUGUUCUAAAAUGUGAAAUGAGCUUGAAAGUUUUCGCUUAUUUUGUUAUAGAUGCGAGUUAUGUGAUGAAUAGAAUCUUUCACUAGUGUCAUAGUAAUAUGAAAUCUAUUAAACACAUUUAAUAGAUUUAUAUGUUGCUUGCCUGAAAGGCUGAUGACAUAUUAAAAUUUAUUUAUUAAGAUUCCUGUUAUGACACUCAUAGAAGUUUCCCCGUUUACGUUUUUUAGUUUAAGUACUUAUACAAAUACAGUGUGUAGCACACCUUCAGUGGACCAAUUUCUCAUUAAAUAUCUACAGAAGUACUCAUAUUGAGAAGUGCUGGAAACAUUGAAAAGUGAAAUUUCCAUUCUUCAAAAUAUCCACUUUUACAGUAUACCAAGUGAAACAAAUCCUUGAAAACAAUGAAACAUGUCUGUCAACACAAGUUUCAUAAGAACUUGGUUAUUGGUAGUCUUUGAUGUUUUGCAUGUGACAGAUGCAUUAGCUGGAGUUUCCUCUGGCACUGACACCAGACUUAGGCAUUCUGACAGAUUUUUGUCUGCAGUUACAUAUAUUUCCGGCUACACAGCACAUUUAUCUGUCAGAACGGUGACGUCUGGUGUCAGGUGCAGAGAAACUCUGGCUGCAGAUACAUACAUGUUCUAUUCACAUUAUGCAGGUUUCAAGAGUUCAUCUUUAAUUACAUGUAUGUGGAAUAACAGCAUCCUUUGUAUGUGUGGUUUUGUUUUUGAUCUCACUAACACAUUUUCUAAGCGUUUUCAUAUUUGAUUAAUACUAUGGUUGUGAGGUUGAAAUGUUACACAAGGUUAACAGCUAUCUAUAAGUGUAGAUUAAGUGUACUAGAUACUGUUUCUCCAGAAGAUCAGUGGUCAGCAGAACUUAAUAUGAUACUGUCUCUCCAGUAGGUCAGUGGUCAGCAGAACUCUAUAUGAUACUGUCUCUCCAGUAGGUCAGUGGUCAGCAGAACUCUAUAUGAUACUGUCUCUCCAGUAGGUCAGUGGUCAGCAGAACUCUAUGAUACUGUUUCUCCAAAAGGUCAGAGGUCAGCAAAACUCUAUGAUACUGUUUCUCCAGAAGAUCAGUGGUCAGCAGAACUCUAUGAUUCUUUAGGUCAAUGUUGCCGAUCUCUGACCUCUGGUUUAAUGUUGCCGAUCUCUGACCUCUGGGUCAAUGAAAUAACAUCUAUAGAUCUAUCAAGUCUGGAUGAUUUUUUACCAGAUCAGUGACCUCUUGUUUAUCAUAUCUAUAUCAUAUGUAAAGUGUAAUGUUCAAAAUGGCUUCAUGGUCAGUUUUGUUGGAUCUCUGUCUUGUGAAGACAAAUCAUUUAAUAACUGUAAUCAUGAUAAGUAUUGUGCUGUCUUUGUGGUCUCGCUGGGUAAUAUUACAAUAAUCUGAUGCUGUUUAAGGGCGACUAGUUAAAGACUGGGCACAACAUUAUCAUUAUGAUUAAAUUUAAAUUUGUUUGAUUACUGACUACCACUGGUAAUGGAUUCUACUGUUUGUGUAAAUGGUGUUAUAAGGACAGUCAGACUAAAUACCUCAUCUCUAUUCUGUUGUGAGGUUAAUUAAGAAUAUUUUAAUUGUAAUAGGAUACAAUAUUCAUUAUAGACUCUCGGAUGUUGAUGUGUGUUAACUUUUUAAGCAUGAUUAUGUAUAUAAUGAUAACAUAUAUAUUAUGUAGAAUGAUGUAUUAAUUCUACGUCAGAAUGAAACGUCACUCUUUUUUUAGAGUAGACAAUCAAGGGAUAGCACUUAACUCUUGAUCAUAAACUUGAUUCCCGUAAAAAUACUCCUGGGAAUGAGAGCAAUCUAAGCAUUGACCUUUGACCUGUCCCAUGACCUUUAGACCUGUAACCUCUGUAGCAGGGAGGCCAUCUACAACCUGAAAGGGCCUGGAACAAUAAUUUCUGGAGUAAGUGAAGAUGAAUGAACCACAAAUUAAAACAAUGACCAGAAAUUUUAAUCAUAUCUCAUAGUGAAAUCUGUCCAAGUAAAAUCCACAUUCAAGGUCACAAUAUCGGACAUGAUGAAAAUUUCAAAAGACUUGAGAACAAGUUCUGAAGUGGCUAGAUCAUGUGGAUUAUAUUGCAUGCUGUGUAUCUAAUGUGAUCAAAUUUCGAGGUUACGGGUUGAGAAAUUGGUGGAAGUUUUCUUGUUGUCCCUUAUGAAUUAUUGUGUAUGUUUUGGUUUGAUCUCAAAUUAAUGGAAUUAGUGGUUUUCUCUCCAGUGGUUGAAUUAUACUGGGGUGUCUUUUGUUAAUAAACUCUUAAGUUCUCUGUCAAUAUUGCAGCUACUAUUUAGCAGACAGUGGAAAAGAUUGGGUGUAUACUAGAAUGGGGUCAAAUGCUGUUCAAUAUAAUGUUUUAGGUGUAAAUAUUACUUGGAUUCAUGAUAAAGAUAUAUGUGAAAAGUAAGCUUUAUUUUACAACAAUUGUGAAACAUGUUAUACCAACUUCCAUUAGUCACUCCUGAUGGCUGGAUGGGAGACCACAAGGGGCUUUACCUGAAGAUACAUAUACUUAAUGUCCUUUUAGUAGGAUGAUGUAGAAGAUUCCUUUAGGAUAUAUGCUAUGUUACCACAAAUGGAAUCUCCUGUCCACAAAAUAGUUUCAAGCCUAGCAGAUUUUAAUAGAUCAUGCAUUGAUAAUGCUGUGUGCAAUUCCGAGUGGGAUGUUUUUAUGAGGGAGAUAACUCUAUGCCAAAUCAUAGGUAACAUACAUACCUAAGGUGUUAACAUUUAGAAUUAGUUGGAUGAUGGACAUAAACAGACAACUUUGUGUUGAGGUGUUGUAGUAUUGACUUGUAUUAGUCUGUGGUUGUAGUUGUGAUUUAAUAAGCUGGCCGUUUUCUAUAAGCCUGGUUUACAUAUGUGCCAGUAAAAUUGUUUGAUUGGUCAAGUAUAACAGAAUGUUUUCGCCAGUUAUUUUCAUGAGUAAAGUUUCCCUGUGUCACUAGAAGUAAAGUUUCUCUGUAACUAGAAGUAAAGUUUCCUUGUAACUAGAAGUAAAGUUUCCUUGUAACUAGAAGUAAAGUUUCUCUGUAACUAGAAGUAAAGUUUCCCUGUAACUAGAAGUAAAGUUUCCUUGUAACUAGAAGUAAAGUUUCUCUGUAACUAGAAGUAAAGUUUCCCUGUAACUAGAAGUAAAGUUUCCUUGUAACUAGAAGUAAAGUUUCUCUGUAACUAGAAGUAAAGUUUCUCUGUAACUAGAAGUAAAGUUUCCUUGUAACUAGAAGUAAAGUUUCCCUGUAACUAGAAGUAAAGUUUCUCUGUUACUAGAAGUAAAGUUUCCUUGUAACUAGAAGUAAAGUUUCUCUGUAACUAGAAGUUUCUCUGUAACUAGAAGUAAAGUUUCCCUGUAACUAGAAGUAAAGUUUCUCUGUAACUAGAAGUAAAGUUUCCCUGUAACUAGAAGUAAAGUUUCUCUGUUACUAGAAGUAAAGUUUCCUUGUAACUAGAAGUAAAGUUUCUCUGUAACUAGAAGUAAAGUUUCUCUGUAACUAGAAGUAAAGUUUCCCUGUAACUAGAAGUAAAGUCUCUCUGUAACUAGAAGUAAAGUUUCCCUGUAACUAGAAGUAAAGUUUCCUUGUAACUAGAAGUAAAGUUUCUCUGUAACUAGAAGUAAAGUUUCUCUGUAACUAGAAGUAAAGUUUCUCUGUAACUAGAAGUAACGUUUCCCUGUAACUAGAAGUAGAGUUUCCCUGUAACUAGAAGUAAAGUUUCUCUGUAACUAGAAGUAAAGUUUCUCUGUUACUAGAAGUAAAGUUUCUCUGUAACUAGAAGUAAAGUUUCCCUGUAGCUAGAAGUAAAGUUUCCCUGUAACUAGAAGUAAAGUUUCCCUGUAACUAGAAGUAAAGUUUCCCUGUAACUAGAAGUAAAGUUUCCCUGUAGCUAGAAGUAAAGUUUCCCUGUAACUAGAAGUAAAGUUUCCCUGUAACUAGAAGUAAAGUUUCCCUGUAACUGGAAGUAAAGUUUCCUUGUAACUAGAAGUAAAGUUUCCCUGUAACUAGAAGUAAAGUUUCCCUGUAACUAGAAGUAAAGUUUCUCUGUAACUAGAAGUAAAGUUUCCAUGUAACUAGAAGUAAAGUUUCUCUGUAACUAGAAGUAAAGUUUCCUUGUAACUAGAAGUAAAGUUUCCCUGUAACUAGAAGUAAAGUUUCUCUGUUACCAGACAUACAUCCCUGAGGGUAUUUUUGUUUCAAGUUUGAAUUUAUUGCACAAUAUAUUAACAAACUGUGAAUGUUGUGCUUUCAGAGAUGUUGAAGUCAUGUUUUGUUGUAAAUGUAUGUUGUCUGAAGUCAUUCUGUGGUAUGUAAAUGUUACAUUUUUGUGUAUUGCUUGCCAGCUAUUUCCACAAUCAUUUGACCCUAUUUUGAAAUACAGUGGUAGAACUUUUACCAGGGAUUUAUAGAUACUCUAGAAUCUCGAUAAUAAGCCACGGCUUAUUUUCUUUUUUGGUAAGGAAUCCCAGGCUUAUUUUCGAAGCAGGCCUAUUUUCAAGGCCGUCUUAUUUUCAGAGUCAUUUACAUCCUGUAGGGCAAGUAAGGCUUAUUUACAUGACCAUCUUACUUUUGCCGAUACUAAUAAUAGUUAAUGAAAUCGUCAGCACUAUUCUUAAUCACUAAAAAUCAUUUAUAACUGUUACCCCUUUUGUUAUCGAGAAUGUCUAUAGAAAACACAUGGAAUAUGAUAGAGGGCAAAUCUUGACAGCCAAGGAUAUAUGUAGUUAACACUGGCAAAAUUUUAUAGGAUAAAAAAGGGCAAAUGUUACUUUAUUUUCUCAAUUUUUAAGUGUGUUUAUAAUAUUAUUUUAAUGUUUCAGCAUUGUUUUACUCUUUCUGAUAUCAGUUUUUAGUUCACCUGAUCUGAACUUAUACCAUGGCAUGUCAUUGUGUGUCUGUCACCUGCUGACAUUUUCCUUUAAAUCACUACUGUGUAAUCACCUGCCCAGAUAUUGAUCUUGGUCUGCAGUAUUCUUGGAUAAAUUGGACUGUUUUUCAUCAGUGGAGAUUAUAACAGCCUUAGGGGCAGAUAGGGAUGAAGUUAAAUCUUCAAAGUUCUUCUGAUCAGCUAAAUAGAUUCUGAUCAUAAUGAAACAUUUGAU